CGUACAGCCUCCUCAACCCUUCAGUCAGACUCAGACAUAGACAUACAUCGCCUCAGCCUCAGCCUCAGCCUCAGCCUCUCUGCCUCUCCUCCUCUCUCAUCUCUCUAUAAAUAUCUCCUUUCAUACAGUACCGUAUACACACCCAAAUCCUAUAAAAUACCCAUUCUUUCAAAUUCUUGCCGCUCUAAUUCCUCUUCUUUUGCUUAUUUCCCCUCUCAUCAUUCUCCCCUUCUUCUUUAACGGAAACAAAACAGAAGUACUAUUUUAAAACCCUACAUCAAUCAAAUUUACGCAUAAUGUUUCUGACAGUUGGUAAAUAUAUCCCUAUAAGUAGGGGAUACAUUGAAAAAAAAUAAUUUGAUGGCAGAUCCUCAAGGCCUGGAAGGGAACCAACCAGUUGAUCUCUCCAAGCAUCCUUCUGGCAUUGUUCCAACUCUCCAGAAUAUUGUUUCAACAGUCAAUUUGGACUGCAAAUUGGAUCUUAAAGCUAUAGCAUUGCAAGCUCGGAAUGCAGAAUACAAUCCCAAGCGUUUUGCUGCAGUGAUUAUGAGGAUUAGAGAGCCAAAAACGACUGCACUCAUAUUUGCAUCUGGAAAGAUGGUUUGUACGGGAGCCAAGAGCGAACAACAAUCGAAAUUGGCUGCUCGGAAGUAUGCUAGAAUUAUUCAGAAACUUGGUUUUCCUGCAAAAUUUAAGGAUUUCAAGAUUCAGAACAUAGUCGGUUCCUGUGAUGUAAAAUUUCCAAUUCGACUUGAAGGCCUUGCUUAUGCUCAUGGUGCCUUUUCAAGUUAUGAGCCAGAACUGUUCCCUGGAUUAAUCUACCGGAUGAAACAACCAAAGAUAGUGCUGCUUAUUUUUGUCUCUGGGAAGAUUGUUCUCACCGGAGCUAAGGUCAGAGAUGAGACCUAUACUGCAUUUGAGAAUAUAUACCCAGUUCUCACUGAGUUUCGGAAAGUUCAGCAAUGAUUUAUCAAGUUGUUGGAUGGUUGUCUCUAAACCGACACGAGAAGCUCAAGAGUAGCACCUGGGAUUGCCUCGACUGGUUUGGGGUUGAACUGUAAAUAUGUUUGGGGGAUUAGGAGAGUUUAGGCAGGCUGUUCCGGAUGUAGCAUUUGAGGUAGAGUGAAGGCAUGGGGUCUUAGUUUUCAUCUCUGCCGUUUCGAACAAUAACUGUGCCCCACAUUUUCAGAUGUGUAUUGGGAGAGAAACUGUGAUGGUUUUUCCUUUUGUUUUAUACUUGAAAGUGAACAAUUUGGGGAUGCUCAUGAAACAAAUGCAGUUUUUCCAUUGCUCGCGAGUCUAGAAUAUAUAUACAAGGGGACAACCUGUUUCUUGAGGCUUCUGCUGCUAUUGAUUUUGUAUAGGAACCGUAGUUUGUAUUCAAGGAAAGAAUCAAGUAACUAGUUGUAUGUUAUGGUAAUUUGCAACU